AUGAAGGCCUUUACCAUAUUUAAGGACAUUUUCAUCCCUGUUCCUCCCGUGAAAGCGGCUGGAAAAUCCCAGGCUGGCCAUACUGUCGAGGCUAUCUCCUCAACAGCAGUCCCUGCAGGGGCUUCAGGCUUUGCAAAGGACGGUGACAAGGAGGCCGACAUCAACUACGAUGUUGUGACCGACUACUCCUCCGACCUCGACAUUUACGAUAUUGGUCACACGCAUAGACGUCUGAAAAACAGACACAUCCAGCUGAUUGGUAUUGGUGGCACUAUUGGAGUGGCCCUUUUCGUGAGUGUUUCGUCGCAGUUGCACAAGAGUGGUCCUUUGGGACUGCUUUUGGGUUGUAUUAUUUGGUGUAUGCCGAUUUUGGCUGUCACCGCAGCCUGUGCGGAGAUGGUUUGUUAUCUGCCGAUCCCUUCGCCGUUUAUUCGUUUAGCCGAGAGAUGUGUUGACGAGUCGUUCAGUUUCAUGACUGGUUGGAACUUUUGGGUGUUGGAGUGCUCCCUGAUCCCGUUCGAGCUUACCUUGUUCAACACCUUGAUCCACUACUGGAGAGACGACUAUUCUGCGGCCAUCCCUAUUGCCGUGGAACUGGCACUUUAUUUCCUCAUCAACGUGAGUGCUGUCAAAUAUUAUGGAGAGGCGGAGUUCUGGCUCUCUCUCGGUAAAGUCAUUUUGGCUGUUGGCCUGAUGGUGUUCACCUUCAUCACCAUGGUUGGAGGUAACCCUCUCCACGACGUGUACGGCUUCCGCAACUGGCAGCCUCCGAUGGCUGAGUAUAUCCACACAGGUAAUCUUGGUCGGUUCCAGGGUCUGCUCGGUGCCAUGAUCACCUACUCGUUCCUCAUUGCUGGUCCGGAAUAUGUGUCCAUGUCCGCCGGAGAGGUUAUCAACCCAAGAAUUAUUCUUCCUUCGGCUUAUAAACAGGUGGCAUACAGACUGACAAUUUUCUUUGUUGGCGGUGCUCUGGCCAUGGGAACCGUUUGUUUCUGGAACGACCCUGGCCUCGCUGCGGCAAUCGAGGAGGGAAAACCGGGUGCAGGUUCGUCGGCUUAUAUUGUCGCCAUGAACAACAUGAAGGUGAAGAUUCUGCCCGACAUUGUGAACGUGAUGCUCUUAACCUCGGCAUUUUCCGCAGGUAACUCAUACACCUUCUGUUCGUCCAGAAGUUUGUAUGGAAUGGCUCUUGAAGGUAAGGCUCCACGUUUGUUCUCGCACUGUAAUAAGGCAGGUGUGCCGAUCUACGCCGUUCUGCUGUCUACCGCGUGGGGAUUACUUGCGUUCCUGCAAUUAAGUGAGAGUUCUGCUACCGUUUUGAACUGGAUUGUCAACCUGGUUACUGCCUCGCAAAUGAUCAACUUUGUCUCGAUCUUGAUCACCUACUUACACUUUAGACGUGCGGUUCUCCAACAGGGAAUCGAUAGAAGCGCUUUCCGGUUCAAAGCUUGGGGUCAGCCUUACAUCAGUAUUGCUGCUGCCAUUGCCAUCAUUUGUAUGAUUGGUGUGCAGGGAUACGAGGUGUUUUUACCAGGAGGAUGGUCUGUUGAGACGUUCCUGUUCUCCUACUUGAUGGUCUUCAUCGACAUUGCCUUAUUUGUGGGUUGGAAGCUGCUCAAACGUACCAAGUACAUCAACCCAAUGGACGUUGACCUUGUCAGCGGCCUGGACGAAAUCGAGGCCCACGAAAAAUUGUUGGCUCACGAACGUUCAUUGUACGGCAGAGAGAAGGAGCCUUGGUAUAAUAGGGUGGUGGACUUCAUUUUUGGAAACCCGGAUCAAUCGUAA